ACACUGUAUAGUUACAAACAUAUCAAUUUGGCAUGCGACCAUACGUACGGCUGACGGGGUUAUGUAAACUAGUGUGGAGUCGGUGCACGAGCGUGUCACGGAGACAGAGCAUUCUCCGCUCCGCUCGCGAGUGGAAGUCAUGUUCGCGUAAUUGCCACGAUAUUUCCCGUCCACCUGCUUUAGCUCCGUGAGCCUCACAGCCGGACGCUCACGGUAAUCAUCAACCGAGCACGGUUGGCAGGCAGGAGCUGCUCGUUUGCGGAAGCGCGCGCGCGCUCUCUCUCGUGCCGUCCCGAACGAUUUCUUUCAUUUGAAGGGCACGGGGAAGGCAUAGGACUCUUUAGGCGUGCGCGUGCCGUGGCAGCCUGUGUCUUUAAACGCAGGAGGGACAUUUGUGUUUCUGAGAUGUAGCCUGUCUGGCAAAACUGUCGCCAGCAUCGCUUCAAACCCACCUGUCAUCCCGCCGCUGAGGAAGGAAGGAAGGAAGGAAGGAAGGAAGGAAGGCGCUGGGAUGCCGAUGGUUUCAUCCGGGGGGCGACUGGAAGGGAAAGUUCAGCCUGUUUGUGGUUAACGAUUCACUUCAUCUCGUGAUUCCUGUAAAUUCACGACCCUCACCGACGCUGUGCCGAGACGGACCGACCGCUACAUCUGUAGGAACGGUUUACUCGAGAUCCAUCAGCUGGAACAAAAACAUCCUCAACACAGAAGAACCCAGAAAGGCAAAGAAAUCUUAAGAAAUGGACCAAGAUACUCCGAUCCAAAGCCAGACGCAAGAAGACAACCCAGAGGCAGCAGCCGAAGCUUUAACAAUAACUCUGGCUUCCGCAUCAGAUACAGCGGCUCCAGACACGGUUUCCACUGCCAAGCUGCCUGCAGCUUCUGCCAGGCCUCGACGGCCACAGAGAAGUGGCCGAGUAGAGGGCUCUGUAGACAUCGCUGAGCCCAAAGCUGAGCCCAAAGCUGAGCCCACUCCAGUGGAGAACCAGGAGGAGUGCACUCCUGAUGGCACUGUGGCAAGUUCCCCCAAACCCUCUCGCCCUGCAACAUUCAAACCCUUAGGAGUGCGCACCGGACCCAGCGCUAAGGGUGGUCCUAAAGGGCCGGGCCACCUCCCGAUUAGGGCAGCGUCAGUCCCCCACCCACCUGCCAGCGGGCCUGUGGCUCUUCACCUGAACCCUCAUACACAGAGAGCUCUCUCUGUCGCCGGUACAGCUGACACCCAGGCCCAGACGGUGGAGGACUUCAGACUGCACGUGAUCACUUGGAACGUGGGGUCGGCCACGCCACCUGAUGACAUCACUUCCUUGCUGGGGCUGAAUGUGGGUGAUGGAAACACUGACAUGUACAUUAUCGGGCUGCAGGAAGUGAACUCUAUGAUUAACAAAAGGCUGAAAGAUGUCCUCUUCACAGACCAGUGGAGCGAGGUCUGCAUGGAGAGACUCAGCCCCUUUGGUUAUGUGCUGGUGGCCUCCCAGCGGAUGCAGGGGUUGCUGCUGCUGGUCUUUGCCAAGUACUUCCAUCUGCCCUUCCUCCGCGGAGUCCAGACCGAGACCACCCGCACUGGCCUGGGGGGUUACUGGGGGAAUAAAGGGGGUGUGAGCGCCCGCAUGUCAGCGUUCGGCCACACCAUCUGCUUCCUCAACUGCCACCUGCCGGCUCACAUGGAAAACUCUGGUCAGCGCAUGGAGGACUUCGAGAGCAUCCUGCAGCAGCAGCAGUUUGAGGGCCAGACUGCCACUGGGGUUCUUGACCAUGAUGUGGUGUUCUGGUUUGGGGAUCUCAAUUUCCGCAUUGAUGACCUGGAUAUGCAAGUGGUGAAAUCAGCCAUCGAUAACAACAAGUUUCCAAUGUUGUGGGAAAAGGAUCAGCUCAAUAUGGUCAAAGACAGUGAGACAGUGUUGGAGGGUUUCCAAGAGGGGCCGCUGAAAUUUCCUCCCACCUACAAGUUUGAUGUUGGAACAGAUACAUAUGACACAAGUGGGAAGAAGCGUAAACCAGCUUGGACCGACCGGAUCCUGUGGCGCCUGAGGGCCACUGCUGCCGCUGCUCUCAGCGCUGGGAAGCGUGGCUCCAUGUCGGGGCUGACCAGUGGGACCAAAGUGGCACAACACUACUACCGGAGUCACAUGGAAUACACCGUCAGUGACCACAAACCAGUCUCCUCCAUCUUUACCCUGCAGUUCCCGUACAAGUUGGAUGUUCCCCUGGUCACAAUCACAGUGGAGGAUGAGUGGAAUAGCAUUGCUGAUGCCAUCGCAAAAUACCGACUGCUGCCCAACUACCCACGCAGCUCCUGGGACUGGAUUGGACUGUAUAAGGUGGGUUUCAAGCAUCAUAAGGACUAUGUGGGGUACGUGUGGGCCAAGCAGGAGGAAGCUGACUUUACUCGACAAGACCAUCAGGUAACCUUUACUGAGGAAGAAUUGCCCAAAGGCUCAGGGGACUUUAUCUUGGGUUACUAUAGCAACAACAUGAGCACCAUUGUGGGUGUAACGGAACCAUUUCAGAUCCAGCUUCCCACUUCAGGUCUUGAGACCAGUUCUUCUGACAGCUCUGACUUCAGCUCAGAGGACGACGGCACUGUUGUCCUCAUGAAGACGAGGUCCCGCAGUCCCAGUCCAUGCAAAGCUAAGCACCGCAGCCAUCGCAGCCAUCGCAGCCACACCUCCAGUCGCUCUGGCAGCCCAGCACAGGCCAAAGUGAAAGUGCUCAACGUCACCACGACAACCACUGAGAGUGAGUCCACAGGACGUCCAGCAGAGGACAGCAGCGGCCAGGUGUCGGCUCCUGAGGAGAAAGAAAAAGACACAGAGUGUUCAGGGGUGUGAUGCACAACCUUGUCCUGCUGUUGUCACAGGUCACAUAGCCAACUGUUGUGUCUUUUAUCAAAUACAUCCAUGUAUGUUUUCUGUGAUGAAAAUAUACAGUUUCUGAUGCCAUCCUUUUCAGGAAACCGCCAUCUGGUUUGUCCAGAAGGCUUACUUUGCCUUGAGUUGUUCUAUUGAGCUGUGCACAUUGUAUAUUUUUAUUUGUAAACCUUUCACUCUGUCCUGUGUUUCUUCUACCUUUGUCCGUUCUCAGGUGUGGACAGUACAGGGAGCUUACACCUUGCAUUAGGAAAUACUCCAGGAUGCUAUGGUCAUGUAGAGUAAAAGAGUGGUGACUUAAUACUCUUUAGAAACCAUAUUCCCCAUAUUCCGACAGUGAUUUGAUACUCUGCACUGUUGUAGCAGUCAUGUCAGCAGGCCGCAUACCAACGACAAGAAACACUUUUACUAGUAUGACAUACUUGACACAAAUCGUUUGCUUUAGUUGUGAAGACGACCAUAGGAAACAUAGUGGGGGAAAAAAGCAUUUUAUUCCAAAACAUUCUACAUAAGCAUCACCAGCUCUGUCAACAAUCACUUAUUUUAUUAGCUUCUGCAAAUCUUCAAAUGGAGAUAGCCAUGCAAUUUGACUUGGUGAUAUGUCUACUAUUGUGGAUAUUCCCUGCUUUGUAAAUCCAGCAUGCUUUACACAGCAACAUGUUGCAUAACACGCGGGGAGCAUUUCAAAUGAUCCACCAAUGGGAAUAAAGGGUGAGCAGAACCAAAGUGGGUGGAGACGGGUUCAGGGGCCACCACCCGCGGCAGCAGCGCAGCACAUGCCAGCUUAGGAAGUGAAUGCCUUUCAAUAAAUGGCCAAAUCAGUGCAGUGGGAUGUGAUGGUUGUGGAAGGCUAGCUGUCAGCGAGCACAGCAUAGCUAGUUGAUUCAUUGUUGGCCACUAACUCUCCUUGGACAACUUCUGUGGUAACAACCACAACAAUAUCUGAACCAGGAAACGUACACAGUUUAUUGCUAGAACACGCAUACCUCGAUGUGAUUUAAUGAGCUAAUUCCAGCAGUUAAGUUACCUUUUUGAAAUAAUUUACCCAGAAAAUAAGAACAUCUUAUUCGUUUUUUAAUACAUUUUCACUAAGUAUUCAAUUAAAAUCAAAUUGAUUGUGUGAUGAUUUCAACACAGAAACAAGUAACGAUAAUCAAUCUGGAUAUCUCUGACAAAUGUGAGCAGGAGCUCUACUAUGUAGAGCUACUAUGGGGCUUUACAUCGUAUGAUACAAAGCUCCACUGAAAUAUCAACAUGCCAAUGUGAUAUUUUAAAUACAUGAAAUGGUCCUAUCUAAUGCUUUAUUUUUUUGUAUAAAUUAUUCUUUUGCUUUCUUUCUUUAAGUUCUUUUUUGUUGUUGCUCAGAUCCUUCCUCUGAUCCUAGUGGUGAGCUGAACCUGACAAUAGUCACAGUAGUCAUGUUGCGUUGUUACCGUGUGACCUCAGAUGCACCAUUUUAGACACGUUGUACUUUUGGGCUGUUAGCGUAGGACAGUGUAAUACUGUUGUGACUGUGUGUAUGUAAUCCGUUUGUGUGUGUGUGUGUUUUUAUGGAUGUGUGUUUUUGAUGGUGGAAGGUGUGUGUGUGUGUGUGUGUGUGCAGUUAGCUGUGAAUGUGUUUGCAUGGUUUGCUGCUGGACAUAUUGUACAUUCUGGUACUGUGAUUUUUUUGUGCCGUAAAGUGCUGUUUUUGACUCCUCUUUGUUAUAAUAGUGGAUGUGAAAAUUGGUAGAAAAACUUGAUAAGAACAGUAAAAAAAAUUAACCGUUAGUGUUAAGUGAAGAAAAUGCAGGACAAUUAUCCUCGCAUAAAUCUGAAGUUGUUCGAAACAUUUCAUAGUUCAUUCUUGUAUUGUAUUGUCGAAAUGAAAAACCUAAUGGACCUUUGUUUAGAGUAAUAUGUUUAAAAAAAGAUUAAGAUUGUACGACUUUGUCCUACUUUAGCUAAUUUAGAUAAGUAUGGUCAGCUCUGCUGUCAUGGCCAGUGACUAUCUAUUGUGAAAUGUACAUUUAAAAAAAUGCUCUGUCUCCAGAGUGUUAUUGUUUUGUAAUUAUGUGAUUAAAAUAGAAGAAAUAUGUAUGUAAAGGAAAAAUAUUAAGUAUGGUAGAAAACACAAAAUAGACAAUCAAUGCAACAAAGAUAAUUUACUUAAAUUAUGUAUUUAUUUUCUUAUUUAAUUGUUGAAUGAGCUUGAAUUCUGCUGGCCAGUGAGGGAGCAUCAUUGCAAUGGCUAUCACAGAAUAUUGAUAAUUAUUGUCUUGUUCUAUAAGGAACUAUGAAGAGAGAGUCAGUUUCCAUUUUAGUAAAUCCAGAUCAAAUGUCGCUUUAAUUGUCUGAAGUGUAGAUUGUUUAGUCUACAGGUAUAAUUGGGAAUGAAAUGUAUUUUUAAAAUAUAGUAAGCCUGUGAGAUAUUCAUUGUUGGCUUAUGAGAAUGGUUUAUCUCUGUGAAACCAUCUGAUCUGUGAGGCGAGAAGGUUUUUUAGGGGUCGCUUGCUUUGUUCUCAAACCCCAAAACUAAUAAAACACUGUCCAAAGAAAAAAAAUGGAUAUCCUCCCCUUGGAA